UGCGCGGUUCGGUCGCGCGCUCGUGCCGUUGUCAGCUCGUCAGGAAUGAUUGCGUGCAGGUGAGGCCGGCUGUGCUACUAAAGCCGUCCCGAGGAGCGUCCCCGGCUCUGUGAAGCUGUUACCGCGAGCACCUCCGUCAUGGCCUCGCCCAUCUGUACCCCCGCGGCCACCUCCACCCCGGCGGCCGCCUCCUCCUCCAGUGGCCGAUCCAGCCGCUCCGCCGGCCGGCGAAGCGGCGCGGCGGCCGGCCUGUCCGCCUCCAGUACCAGCCCGUCCCGCCUGUCCCGGCUGCAGGAGAAGGACGAGCUCCGGGGCCUCAACGACCGCCUCGCCAACUACAUCCAGCGGGUGCAGGAGCUGGAGAGUGAGCGCUCCUACAUGCUGCUGAAGCUGGAGGAGAAGGAGGAGGCCAGGAGCAGCGUGCGGAGGCUGUACGAGGAGGAGCUGGCCGACGUCAGGAAGUCCCUGGACGGCCUUGCCCAGGAGAGGGCCCAGCUGCAGAUCGACUACGGGAAUCUGUGCGAGGAGCACCGGACGCUCCAGGCGAGGCACCAGAAGAAGGAGGGCGAUCUGACCAACGCGCUGGCCCAGUUGAGGAGAGCUGAGGAGACUCUGAGCUUGAAGGACGCCGAGUUCACCAAACUGCAGUCGGAGAACCGCAGACUCAACGGCGACCUCGCCGACCUGCAGAGCCAGCUCGAACAACUGGAGGCUCUGCUGGCAGACACCAAGAACCAGCUGAGCUCUGAGACACUGAGGAGAGUCGAAAUGGAGAGCCAGGUGCAAACGCUGAAAGAGGAGCUCGAACUGCACAAGAACAUCAGUGAGCAGGAGAUCCUGGAGAUCCGAAGCAGACACGAAAGACGCCUGGUGGAGGUGGAUUCAGGGUGGAGGGGAAUGUUUGAAAGCAAACUGGCUGAGGCGAUGCAGCAGCUGCGGCAGGACAGCGAGUCGCAGCUUCAGCAGUACAAAGAAGAGAUCGACCGGGUUUUCGGCUCAAAGCUACACAACGCCCAGCAGGAUGCGCUGGAGAAGAACGGCGUGGCUUCGGCCACAAAAGACGAGCUGGACGCCACGAAGGUCCGAGUGGAGACCCUCAGCUCGCAGCUGCAGCAGUGCAGAAAAGAAAAAAUCUCUCUGGAGAACCGCUUCCAGGACCUGGAGAGGACUCUGGACAGGGAGCGGGAGGACUGGCACCAGAAACUGAGUCAGUAGGAGCAGGAGCUGCUCAACAUGAGAACCCAGAUGUUCAGUCAGCUGGAGGACUACGAGCACCUGAUGGAUGUGAAGGUAGCUCUGGACGUGGAGAUCAGUGCCUACAGGAAGAUGCUGGAGGUGGAGGAGCAGAGGUUUAAGCUGUCGCCCAGCCCCUCGCAGCGGACAUCCAUACCUCGAACGCACGAGCACAGCGGCCGAAAGCCCAGAGGGAAGAAACGGAAAUACGAAGGCGAGUCGGGGAGCUCGCCCGCCUACAAAAUGUCCAGUCGUUCGAUGGAGCGCGGCGCCGUGAGUGUAGAAGAGAUUGACGUGGAUGGAAAAUAUGUUCGACUGAAGAACAACUCAGAGAAAGAGCAGUCUCUGGGUGGGUGGGUGGUCCGGCGGGUUUACCCCGGCGCUGGAGACAUCACCUUUCACAUUCCCGCCUCCUGCGUCCUGGCUGGUGGGCAGACACUCACUAUCUGGGCAGCAGGCGCUGAGGUGGAGGUGGAGCCCAGUGACCUGGUUCUGCAGGGCCACAAGAGCUGGGGGGUCAUCACUGAUAUCAGGGUGAUCCUCCUGAACUCCAACCACGAGGAAGUGGCCGAGCGCAGGCUGUGCAUGCUGGGUGGGGGUGAAGACGACACUGGGCUGGAGUUUGAUGAGGAGUUUGUCACGGGGAGUGAAAUGCAGCGCUUCCAGAGACAGGAUUUCUCGAAGGAGACCACUUGUGCUGUGAUGUGACGCCUGCUCUCUGCCACCGACCUCGACGGCGGUCUGAAAAACCCUGGAGCAGCUCGGGCCUCAGACUGCUGCUUUCUGGCUCCAGUAGUUUUAUUUACAGUAGGACGGUGAGAUGAUCUCACCUGCCUUACAGCAACAGUGUCCCUCACGUUUCGUCGCUCUCGCUUCACAACAGGAGCUUUGAUUUUAAUUUUUGUUGAAGUGUAAUAAAUAAAGCUAAAAGUUUCUAAACAAA